AUGGAGUUGCAAUCUUUGGAGCCGCCAGAGUUGGAUAAGGAAGAGCAGGAGGCCCUCAUUCGUCACCAUGAAGCUGAAGAGCUGUUGAAGAAGCUCACUCUCGAAGAGAAGGUGAGCCUUCUGACUGGGAAGACGAUGUGGGAGGCCGGCGGAGUUCCACGCCUGAAUCUUCCCAGACUCCGCUUUUCAGCGCCUGGGUGA